AUCCUGUUCUUAUUAUUGUGGUCACGAUUUGCGUCUGGAAGGCCGACAAGAUGUUCCCUGUCAAGAAAUUUCUUACGAUACUUUCCCGAUGCUCCAGAAGCUCAAAUAGAGUGCAAAGCAUGUCCCAAGUGCCCAGAAGGAACAGGACUCACACCAUUAUGCGGUUCAAAGAUCUCUAACUACACCAUCAUCAAAUGUGAACCUUGCAGAGAGAAUGCGACCUUCUCUGACACACAUAGCAUUGAAAGCUGCAGACCCUGUCAUGACUGUGGAUUAAGGAACAUUAUCCAGCAGUGUACCCCUUAUCAAAACCGCAAAUGUGGAAACAGGUGCCCUGAAAGACAUUUUCUGGACAACAAUGGUUUCUGCCAGGAAUGUUAUUUUUGCUGCUCUGAUGUCCCUGAGUCUUCCAGGCUGAAAAGCUGUAAAGACAUUGGAAUGGGCAGGGACUGGCAGUGCCUUGAGUCCCAUGAGAAUAGACUCUGCAAGAAAAUAAGGGAGACUGUAGAAAAUGCUACUUCAACUACUCCUGAAGUAACCACACCUACUCCUAGUGCUGAUCUCCGCCCUGCCUCUGAUUCUGACCUGAACUUAACUGGUAUGGUUUCAAGUAAAGAAGACACCAGGGAACCUGUACUCAAAUCCGAAAAAAACAAUUCGCUUCCAGCAACAACAAAGACAGGUACAGACAAGAGGUCGACAAAAGAAGAAGGGGAAACAGUAACAUCUACAUCUAUAGCCUUGAUAGCUAUUGGGGCUGCCACUCUAGUUUUUAUUUUGGGUGCAAUCAUUUACUACUGCUGGAAACGCUCACAUUCAGACGGUAAGAAAAAGUCAUACUUUUCCUUCUAUAAUAGCCCGAGUAUAUUUUGUGACAUUUAUGGAAUUAGUAGACCCUUUGAGAAAAUUGAGUAAUUUAAUAAAUUCUUACCAUAAUCAUGUUUAAGUGGGGUUUCACACGAAAGUACACAAAUUGAAACUAAGCAAGUAGCGAUUAUGCUAUGACCAUCAUAUGUCAAUUGUCCUCAAGUAAUAAAAUUAUUUCAUUUUAAAUUUGAUCUGAGGGCCCACAACCAUCUCUUUCCCUUAAGUAAACUUAAAUCUUGACGCUCGAGCACAUUAGUAUGUCUCCUCCAUACAACUUUUUCCAGUGUUUGUGUAACUUAAUUUUUUUUCAUUCAUUUUUUUUAAUCAGGUAAACCUUUUUGGUUGGGUCCAUAGUUUGACUCCCAUUAAUAUUAUUAAAUUCAUUUUUGGCUUCAUCAAGGUGUACUUUGCUGAUUAAUAGACACAUAAUAGUAACUUUCAGUGUAGCAUACAAUAACACAACAAUGCUUUGUUGCAGUUACAAAUUCUAACGAGUGUAUACCCCUGAAAGGUAUACAAGGCGCCAAGGAUAGAGAUGGCUCAACAGAAACUGUAGAAGGUAGUGACAACUAACAUAGUAGUUUUGCAUCACACAUUCUACUGACAAGCUUUUGGACAAAAAUGAAUCUACUUCAAGAUAUACAUCUCUUGACCAGCUUUUUCUUCAAGAGGGGAGAAUUAACGAUCAGAUCUUGAGAAUCAAAGAGUUUACCCUCUAACUCUCGACUUCUAAUUGUUAAUUUUCUACUUUAGCUGCUACACAUUUCCCUUUAGUUUUGUUAAAAGUAUUUGGUGUGAUAUCAAGGUAACCUGUACCUGAUAAAUCUGAUUAUUCUCAUUACCUAUUUGGUGGAUAAUAUAUGGAUAUUACGGGAAGCAGUUGCAUUUGCAUAUUUAUCAAUUCAGGGGAGUUAGCGGGUUAAUACUUCCCGAUUGUUGUGUGUAAUCAGCAAGUUGCUUUCUAGGAUAACCAAUUAGUGCUUCUUAAUUUUUUUGUCUCUCAGAUGUGCUAGAAGCUGAUGACCAUGAGGAGUCUACCACCAGUGAGCCUAGAAAAGACCAGCCAAAAACUGAUCUGAUUCCAGCAGGUGAGGUGUACAUCCUGCCAUUUGGUAGACCAACUUGGCAACUUGUUUAUUCUUGUUAUGCAAUUAAGAUCAUGUGAUGAGUGUUCCAUCAAUCAUUCAGAUGUUGCAUUUCUUCUCUUACAUGUAUCCUCCUCUUAGCUUGGUGCAAUGCAAUUAGAGCCUUGUGAAUGGGUGUUAAAAUGGAAGUAAACUCAUCCCCUGAAUUAGUCUGUUGUACCUGGACUAUGGAGACUAAGUUUCCGUUCACUGCCAAACAUUAAUAUUAUAAUCUUAAAAAUAAAGCAAUUUUCAAUCCUUGGGAAUUCUUAACAAUUAAAGCAUGUCUUUGUCCACCAAUAGCACUACAAAAAAGCAUAUUUCAUGUUACAACUCUAGCUCCGUGACCAUUACUGUAGUAAUACUGCUUUCCAUUGAACUCUUAGAUUGCAAAGUCUCUGAAAUGCCACAGCUGCGUAACCAUAAAAAUCAAAUACUAUUGCACUAUGUGCAAAGGAUGCUGGAUCCACUGGAGAAACAAACAAAAAAAAAUUGGCGCUCUAUUGGGCAAAUCUUGAAUGUUUCAGAAGAAGACUUGGACCUGAUAGACACUGAUUAUGGAGCAGGAAGAAGUCCUACAGUUAGUCUUAUUGAUACAUUGAGCACCUUUACAAUAGUACCCUCUAUGAGAAGCUUUGUAGAAGCUCUUGUUGCUUGCAACAGGUAUAAUGUGGCCAUUAAUAUUUGCAACUGGUCAUGGGAAUUACGUACUGCGCAAUGA